GACGAUGGCUUGUGACUGUAAUCUUCAACUGUUGGAGUCGAGUGGUCCGUGAGAAACAGUUUAAUUCAAUUGACGUGCCUUCAAGUGUCGUAGUCAAACAUGGACCCUGCCAUCAAAUGUCUCACAAGAUGGAGGGCGUUUGCUGCUACGUUCCUCAAUUUAACUACAACGGCUGCUUAGAAGCCACUCCUAUUUCUGCUCGGUCACAUUGUGUAAACUACCCCAUAACUUACAACUACACAUACACUCAGUCACCUAGACUUUCAAGCCCUCCAUCAUCGCCCCAACCAACAACUGCAACCUCGAUAGAUUGCAGAAGUCUGCCCAAGACUUCUGAUUUGGUCGCGAAAUUUGAGAAGAAUAUCCAAGAGUACAGAACUCGAAGGUCGCCCAGGCGAAGGAGAGAGAUCGCAAAGGAGGAACAUUCCGGAGGUGUUCAGAGAGUUGAAAGCUUUACCCUUAGACAACGAGCAAAAGUUCAUUCUCCACUUAGGAAUACAGGAAAUCUUUCCAGCAGUGAAGAGUUUCGGUCACCGGUGCGACUGAGGAGUACCCUGGUUGGACACCAAGAUCUCUGUGAUCCAGUGAAACGUUCGAGCUGUGGGCUCAGAAUAGCCUGCCCUUCUGCCAAACCAGCCUUAGUCGGUGGACUCAAAUCGACUACUGAUUCAGCGUAUUCCAGUUAUUUUUCACCAAGUUUGUAUAGUUCUUCUCUCAAUACACCCGAAUCUUGGCGUGUCAACUCCAGUAUCACUAAUCAUAGCGAGCUACUUGAUUUGUCUUCAGAUUUUUAUAUUAGUCCUGAUAUUAGAAGUAGUAAAGUGGAACCGAUGACACCUGUUACUGUGGUUACAACGUCGACAUCUGAUUCUUACAGACAGAACAAAGGUAUAAUAAGAGAGAUCUCAACGCCUAUGAGUCCGAUCUCAGCGAAUGAUUCGGGCGCAGAAACAAUGACUUCAAUGAAUUCAAUAGUAGCUUCGUCCGAUUCCACUCCAACGCAAGAAAGAUUUUUAUGUAGUGAUUACGCGCCUGAGUCGGGAACAACAACACACCCGUCUCAAAUUUACCAAUCAACAGUGCACAGAUCAUACAAAGCGAGGAUUCCCCUCAACGUCAUGACUGAAAGAGUACCGCAUCGAGGGGAAGGCGACAUUCCACUUAUACAUCCGGGAAACACGAAUCCCAGCACAACCACCAGUGGCCUUAGAACUCCUCUUAGCGUUAUUCGUAAAACUAGAUUCUCUGGUCUCAAGUUUUGCGGACUUAGCAAAACUUCUUGGAGCAAAAGUAAAGAUAAAAAUCGAGAUCCUUACAUUCCAUCGCCUAGUCACACGCCUUCAACUCCAGAGGUCACCCACUACAAGGUCUUCAAACCAAAAAGUGCUGCAUCGAAGGUUUCUGGACGUUGCAGUUCGGACGAUCAACUGGAUUCUGUACCUCCCAGGCAGACUAGCGAAAUGCAACGAAGAGUGGGCAACGGACGACCAAGUGUGGUGACUUCUCUUUUUGACACGUCGAGUAGAAGAGGUCCCGGUAAAACAAAAAUGGGAACAUCAAUGCUGAAUGCCAGUCACCAAGAAAUAAAAGUCGGUCACGAGCAAGAGGGGAACUCCAUUACGAACAAGGAUCGCAGUACGAGAAGAGGCCAGUCUGUAGAUUCCAAUAUGGGACAUUCUGAGCGAAAAGCGACAGAUAGCCAUCAAGGUCGCAGAGAAGAGAAUGCAAAUCGUAUGCUGCAUAAAAAGGCGAUGUCGUUCACUAGUGACGAGGAGUUAUCAGUUGGGACUACAACAGUAGACGAUGAUUGUGAACUGGCAUCCAUUCCUGACUCUGUCAGUUCCAGAGGCCACAGAGGAGCACUCAACAGAUUAUCAACCAACAGCUCAAUUCGCUCAAACUUAUCCCUGAAAACCCAAACAAACAGUACACACCGUCACCAAAACCACCACGCGCGUACGCACUCACAAAGAAUGACUUUAAGUAGCCAGAAUAAAGAUGGAAUUCAAGGCGAGAUGCUGAUCGGCAAUGGAGCGAGUGUGGACGAGGAGACAUUCCAGAAAGUGAUGGGCGAACUUCAAGAUAUGCGACUGCUACUGAGUUCCCUCAUGAGGCACAUGACAAUACAGUCCACAUCAUCAGGUGUCCCCUCUUCGGGAUCCAAUGGAGCUGGUGGUAUGUCUGUAAGUGCCUCAAUGGUCCCAUCAGGACUGGAUAGUCCGUCAGCUGACAAUAUUUCGAGGGCGGAGCUGUUGCGGAGAUUCAAUGUCGCAUCUGCUUUCGACCCCAGAUUGUUUCAAGACGCUUCAACCCAAACCACUACGCCAGAAUCAACCGGCACAAUUUCCUAUUCAAAAGAGUCAUACGAAUUAUCAGAAUCUGCUAUUUUGAAUUUUACAAAUAAUUAAAUUAAUGAUGUGUACAUUUUGAUCAACUUUCCCUUUUUGAUGUAUAAAAAAGCACACUUUUAAUCGCCAAUUCAAAAUAAUGACAAAAAUGCAGUGCAAAAAUUAUUUUAUGAUGCAAUAUUUUGAAUAUUUUCAGAUCGUGCAAUCGACUGAAUUACACUUAGAUUUGCAUAGUUAAGCCCAAUAUGACAUGCAUUAACUUCAUCGAUAAGUUUUUAGUGGUGCUACUAAAUGUCUUUACUUUUUUCUUUUCGUCGAUAUUAGAAAGGCAAUUAACUGCAGUCAGUUUUUCAGUUUUUGUUCUAAUUUUGCGUAAAUUUUAUUGCAAGCGUUCUCUCUAACCAGUCUAGA